AGAUGGAAGCGAAGGCAUUAUACAGCUUCGUCCCAAAUCAUUCCGACGAAUUGGGAUUCGAUAAGGAUGACAUAUUACUUGUACUGGAUGGAAGUAACGAGGAUGAAUGGCGGACUGCCGUUAACUGCAAAGAUUCAACUCGAAAAAAAGGAAUGGUGCCAAUGAAUUACCUUAAUUUGGUGCCACAGGAUUGGUAUAAAAGAAAAAUUUCAAGAAAGAAAGCAGAAGACAUGCUUCUAAAAGAUGACCAUGGGUACGAAAUCAAUUUUCUCUUAAGGGAUAGUGAAAGUACACCCGGAGAGUUUUCAUUGUCAGUGAGAUUUAAAUCUGGUGUACAACAUUUCAAAAUUUUACGAGAUGGAUCUGGUAAAUUCUUUUUGUGGGUAGUAAAGUUUUCCUCCAUCAGUCAGCUGAUAGAACACCACAAAACAGUCUCCGUCAGUCGAACAGAAACCAUUCUUUUGAAAGGUACACCAAAGGAAGGGGGUGAAGAGACACAGCAUUUCCAUCAACAAAAGCCAAAAAGUUGUGACAACACUACAUUCCCAGAACAGCAGGUCAAAUGUUUGUACGAUUUCGACUCCGGUGCUCCUGAUGAAUUACAAUUUAAAAAGGGAGAUGGCAUUACAGUGCUGGAGAAAGUCGAUGAUGAAUCUUGGUGGAGAGGGAGAAACGAGAGAACAAAUGAAGUGGGACUCUUCCCCAUCAAUUAUGUGCAAAAAUAAAAGAUUUAUUAUCUACGCUAAAAACAAAGAUUAGAAAUACAUUCACAUGUGUCUGGAAAUGUUAAACGGUGAUCCUGGAUCAUACAGAUGUGUUUCAACUUGAAAAUUCAUUGGAUUUGCUUGAAUGACUUUGUAAAUCUAUAAAGUGUAAAAGAAGAUUAUGGUGGAAAAAGUACAUUGUUUACAUUGCUAGAAAAAACAUCUAUGAAUAUUCAAUUCAUUUGGUGUGGAGUGUAUUUUAACCAUGUCAGCAAACAUAAUCUAUAUCUUCAUAGGCAGGAAAAUCUGUGAUUGCAGUGUCGUUAACCUAUUGUCAACAAAUAUCUCCUCAUAGCCCAAGGGCCCUAUCAUCAUUUAUGAUCAAUAGUAUGUAUUAAGACAAUCUUAUGUUUGAACAUUAUUAUUUACAUUCAUUUAGAUCCAAAAAAUGAUUUAGAAUUUUUUAAAUAUGGAUCAGAAGUAAAGUAUUUUAAAUGAUUUAAGCAGGUAAUGAUACGACCAGUAUUAGGUUGACCUGAUGAAGUCUGUUGAAUUGGCGACACUGUAUUUGUGGUUUUUGAAAAGGGAAUCAAAUCAUAAAUCAUGAAAAUGUCUAUGAAAAAUAUAGCGUAUGAAAUCCUGUCGUGUUUUUACAAUAAUUACCCAAAUGGACAGGAAUCAUUGAAGAUAGAUUUUCCUUGACUGGAUGAGUAAGAAAUUGUGUUUGUAAAUACCCAGUAAUAUCAACCAUUGAUGUGAAGGUAACCCUUUGUCAAACAUGAUUCUAUAUACUGGUAUACCAGCUGUCUACCUUAAUCAAAGGUCUACCUCACUUUUGAUACUGAAACAGACAUCACUACCAAGAAUAACUUAAUGAGAAAACUUGCUUGCUUGUAGACUUGUGAAACUAUCUGAUCUUGAGCUCCAGUCAACAGAGUCAAGUAGGCUUCUACAAUUACAUCAUUAUCAUUUUCCUUUCAUACCCCAUGUAGCUCCUGCAAAUAAAAGCAAGAUGAGUGACAUCAUUCACUGAAAUAUACAUGUUGUUGAUCCAAAGUUAUACUGGCAUGUGGUUUCUGUUCCAUGUCUAUGGUCAUAGCUGUAAUGCUUCUGUAUAUAAAUAUUGUGCUGUAUUGAAUACAUUUUUUAGUAUCAAAUGUUUUUUUCUCUGCUUAAUGGCUCCAGUUCCACAAAAGCAACAUAGAGGUGGAAGAUAACAUUUUAUUUGCAAAAAAUAAUAUAGAAAUUUUAAUAUGUAAAUAAAUGUACAUUAUAUUCAUGGUAUUUUCACAGGUAGAGUUUGUUUAGAUUAUUUCUCUUCUCUAACUGAUGUAUGUACCCAUAAAUAUCUAUCACAUACAUGUACCCUGUUAUUUGUGUAAUAACACCCAGGACAUCAAUUGUGUUGUAGUUACAUGUGUACCAGUUACAAUAUCUAGCUGAGCAGUGAUUGGCUGAAGGUUCCCAUAGUUUCAAUUAUUGUGAUGUGAAAACUUCAUGUACACAUGCAUUAUGAUGUCACAAAAUAAGAGACACAGAGUGAGAGUAUCACUAUUCAGAUUUUAAUGUGUUUUUUGUUUUUAUUUUUUUUUGCCGAAAAUCCUCACAAAAUAUCUAAGUAAUGUGAUAAACAUAAUCUCACAUGAGUGUCCAUUUUACCUGGUAUACUAUAUAUCUGAAACUCAUCACAAAUUUCCACUUAUGUCACCAAGACUGAGUAGGAAGAAAAAAAUCUUUGGUUUAAAAAAUCUCCUGUUUAUUGGAAGCCCAUGUCAGAUCCUCUCUAUAGAUCUUGGGGGUAAUAAUGUAUGCAGGUUUUAAAAAGGUUUGUGUCAGUCCCCACCUAUACUACCAGUGGGGGCUAUAGGUUUAUGUCAGUCCCCACCUCUACUACCAGUGGGGGCUAUAUGUUUAUGUCAGUUCCCACCUAUACUACCAGUGGGGGCUAUAGGUUUGUGUCAGUCCUUACCUAUACUACCAGUGGGGGCUAUAGGUUUGUGUCAGUCCCCAACAGUACUACCAGUGGGGGCUAUAGGUUUGUGUCAGUCCCUACCUAUACUACCAGUGGGGGCUAUAGGUUUGUGUCAGUCCCUACCUAUACUACCAGUGGGGGCUAUAGGUUUGUGUCAGUCCCCAC